UUAAUAAAAUAUAUUUAAAAAUAAAUAGAGAUCUAUAGAUCGAUCUAGUCUAGAUUCUAGAUAUAUAAGAUCUACAUAGCGAUGUUUAAAAAAAAAAUGGCUUUACUCUAAUGUAACAAUGUGAUCAAGGAAUCUGGCAAUGCUGAAAACCUGGCUAAUGAUGGUGGUUAUCUGGAUCACAAUAAUACGUUGUUGGUCUUGACUUAGAAUCAGUUGAAAGACAAGAAGCGAACAUGCAUUUAACAGUGAAAAUUUUGAAUGGAGAAGAAUGCACUCUAGCUGCUUCUCCCAGCAGUCUUGUUAGUGAUGUUAAAGAACAAGUAGAGGCCUUGAUGUCUAUUCCUGUGGCAGAUCAAAAGCUACUAUUUAAAGGGAAAGCUUUGCAAGAUACUAAACCUCUUCGAGAUUAUGGAGUUGAAGAUAGCGGCAAAAUAAUACUUGUAGUGAAAAAAUCAGUUUACAAACCAACAAAUACGUCCAGCCCCCUAUCUCCACAAAUAUUGCACCCUGCUCAACCUGAACAACCAGUAUGGGAAAAGCUGCGAGUUUUUCUACAACGACAUUUUCGAGAACGUGAUGUGGAAGCUGUUUUGCAAGAAUUUAAAAAGGAAUUUGAAAGAAAUAUCUCCAGUUUAAGCUUGGAUGAUAUAGAAAGAUUAGCUAUAACCAAACUACAACAAGUAUGAUCUUACUGCGCUUUAGAGCCAAUGUUGAGAGCAACAGACUUGAUACAAGCAGACAUCACUUAUUGCACAAUUGGGAAAUACAAUGGAUUUACUGCAAAGUAUUUUUGUUAUAAUUGAAAUUGAGACUUAUGGAAAUCUUUUCAAUUGGUCCUCUGUUGUUUACUUUCUUUUAGCAAUUGAUGACUGGUUAAACAAGCUAUACAAUAAGCUAGUUACCUUAUUAUAUAAAUAUGUACAGUGGAUUUGUUCAAUCAAAUGUUUCUGUAAUAAGGAUGUUAUUUAUAUUAUUGACAAACCCAUUGUAACAAUUGAUUAUUUUGAACCAUGCUGUCUGAGAGUAGCUAUAAUGUAUGAGAGAACCUUAAACAUUUACUUAAUUUAACCUUUAAACUGACAAAAUGUGCCUGUCUAUUUUUUUGUUUCUGUACAUGAAUUGGUCUUUUAUUUUUUUAUUCUACUAGAAAUAUCCUUAUUGUUUCAACAAUUAUGUAGUGUAUAUAAGUUCAAUCAAUGUACAUCAAGUCUUUGAGGUUUAUAGUGUCUGUGAACUGAAGUUUUUAAAAUUAAAUGUCAAGAUGCAGCUUUAUUGAUGGCGCAAUUUUUUUUUCUUUGAAUGUCAUUUUUGCCUUAGUGUGAGACACUUGAUUGAAACUAUUCUCAAAUGACCUAUUCCUUGUUUUUCAACUCAUAUUAUGUGGUUAUUGUUGAUUCUACAUUUGAAUGUCGUGGUUGUAUUUAUUUCUCUUAGUUUCUUGUUUGUGAGCAAUGUUGGCAUGCUUUGAUUCAGAAUAGGAAUACUUUUGAAGGGCUAAAGAGAUGGGCUAAAUCAUUUCAGCUGUAGCCGUAUUCUUUUUUUUUUUUUACAAACAACAAAAGAAGCAACAUAGUUCCCAAUGUUAAAUCACUAUUUCUUUAACAAUCCAUAACAACAAAGGGGGCAGGCAUUCCCCCUGUUUGUGUCACUGCUCAGUAUGUGAUAUUACAUGCUUAAAGACAUUUGCACUGUGUUCUGCAACCUUUAAUCACUUGAAAUUUACAUCACACACAAAAAAAUGUUUCAAGAAGGUCAUAAUUUGCAAGGCCUUUGUCUUCUUUGACUAUCUCACUAUUGAACUGAACAUGUUGAGGCUGAAACUGUGUGACUCUAAGCAAUGCUCAUUUCAAAUGUCUUUUCUACUUGUCUUAGAGUUCCUGUGACAUCCUCAGUGACCAAAGGGAAAAUACUGCUGUACAAUAGCAUACAAUAAAAUAGCAUUGCAGUUAUGUUUUUCUUUUUUUCAUAACAAGAAUUUUCAUAAAAAAAAUAAUAAAUUGUGUAAUUAUUAAUUACCUACAAGCAUUCAACUGGAAUUUUUUUUUUUUUAAUUUUACCAGAUUUUUCAUUCAGUCCAAUUUCAUUUCUAAUUAAAAAAAAUUUUUUCAAUAAUCCUCCAAGUAACUGCAGGCUUUGCAAUGACAACUUGGAUCAAUCCUUUUAUUCUACACCAUGGAUGUGCAUACUUAAGACUCUUUUUAUAACAAUACUUUUUAAAUUAGUUUCUAAUUAAUAAUUAUUCAUAGCAUUCAAAGCCUUGUACGAAGUCAUUAGUUGUGUCCAGUAUUUGUAUAAAUAUUAUGUGUAAUUGUUUGUAAGCGGACUGGCAGUGCUAAAUAUUUUGAUAAUUGUUGAUUGGAUGUUAUAACUGUAUAUACUGUUGAGUGUAUUUUUAAUAGAAUGCUUGCAAUGACUUCACUCUGUGUUUGGUCCAUUGAUGAUCAUCUGAUAAAUACAUUUGUUUUUAAUUUGAGAA